AUGAUUAAAUAUUUCUAUUUAAUAAGUCUUUUUCUUAUACUCAAUAUUCCAUCGGCUGUAAGUGUGGAUCGAUCAAAUUUUAAAACAUGUGACCAAAGUUCAUUUUGUCGACGACAACGUAAAUAUAAGCCUGAUACAACACCCUAUGAGGUUGAUUUGAGUUCAAUGAAAAAAAUUGCCAAUGGACAUUUACAAUUUGUAUUACUGAAUACUGUAAAACCUCAAGUAAAAUUUCAAUUAGAUCUAUAUACACUCGAACAAAAUUCAUUACGUGUUAAAAUCAAUGAAGUAAAUCCAAUAAGAAAACGUUAUGAAGUUGAAAAUGUUCUUAUUACUGAACCAAAAUUGGUCGAUGCUACUAUUAAAAAGACGGACAAUAAUCAAAUCGAAGGACGUUGGAGUAUCGCAGCAAAAUUUAUUCUCAAUGCAAAACCAUUUCGUUUGGAUUUAUUUACCAACGAUAUAUUUGUGAUCAGCGUUAAUUCGAAAAAUAUGUUCAAUUUUGAACAUUAUCGACAAAAACCAGGAACGAACGGAGAGGCAGGUGAAAAUAACAAUGAAGAUAAUGAGGAUGGAAUGUGGGAAGAAACAUUUAAAACUCACCAUGAUUCAAAACCCUAUGGUCCAUCAUCGAUUGGCGUUGACGUAAAUUUUCUUAAUUUUGAAAAUGUCUAUGGUAUUCCCGAACAUGCUGAUGCAUUUUCACUCCGAUCAACACAUGAUACAGACCCAUAUCGUUUAUUUAAUCUUGAUAUUUUCGAAUAUGACAUUGGAAAUCCUAUGGCUUUAUAUGGUGCUGUUCCAUAUAUGCUUGCACACAAUGAACAAGCAACUGUUGGUUUCUUUUGGUUGAAUGCUGCUGAAGGUUGGAUCGAUGUUCUCAACGAUAAAUUAAAUACAAAAACCAAUUGGUUUACGACUCAGACUCUUCUUUCGAGUUUAACAAGCUUUUUUGGUACGAAAUCAACGAAUGACAAUAGUGAAGUACCCGAAGUCACAACACAUUGGAUGUUUGAAGCAGGCAUUUUCGAUGGUUUUUUCUUCAUGGGUCCAACACCGAAUGAUGUAUUUAGACAGUACACUACUCUGACAGGAGUGACACCAACACCACCGCUUUGGUCUAUUGCCUAUCACCAAUGCCGUUGGAAUUAUAACGACGAAGACGAUGUCCGAGGUGUUAAUAAUGGUUUUGAACAACAUCAAAUACCAGUGGAUGUUAUUUGGCUUGAUAUUGAACAUACCAAUGGCAAACGUUAUUUCACAUGGGAUACAUCGAAAUUUCCCGAUCCAGAAAAAAUGCAAGACGAUCUAGCUGCGUAUGGCCGACGAAUGGUUACGAUUACUGAUCCACAUAUUAAAAAAGAUGAUGGAUAUCAUGUUUAUGCCGAAGCAAAAUCAAAUGGUUACUUUGUUAAAACAAAAGAUGGAUCUGAUUAUGAAGGAUGGUGUUGGCCCGGUACUUCUAUGUGGCUUGAUUAUUUCAAUCGGGAUAUUUCUCAAUGGUAUAGUCAGCGUUUUACUUAUGACAAUUACAAAGGUUCAACACGAAAUCUUUUCAUUUGGAACGAUAUGAACGAACCAUCUGUAUUCAACGGGCCGGAAGUAACAUUUCCGAAAGAUAUUGUUCAUCAUGGUGGAUGGGAAAAUCGAGAUGUACACAAUUUAUAUGGCAUGCUUCAACAUGGAGCAUCGUUUCAUGGCCUUGUUGAGCGUUCACACGGCAAUGCCCGACCAUUUGUAUUGACUCGUUCAUUUUUUGCUGGUUCACAACGAACAGCAGCUGUGUGGACAGGCGACAAUGCAGCACAUUGGAGUCAUCUUAAAAUUGCUGUACCCAUGCUACUCAGUUUAUCCGUGACUGGUAUUAGUUUUGUUGGCGCUGAUGUUGGCGGAUUUUUUGGUAAUCCUGAUGCGAAAUUACUUGUUCGAUGGUAUCAAGCUGCAGCAUUCCAACCAUUUUUUCGUGAACACGCACAUAUUGAUACAGCUCGCCGUGAACCGUGGUUAUUUGGCGACGAUAAUACACGACUUAUACGACAAGCUAUUGAACAACGUUAUAGUUAUUUACCAUUUUGGUAUACACUAUUUUAUACUCAAGAGAAAAACGGCGUACCACCCAUGUUACCAUUGUGGUUUCAUUUUCCACGCGAUAAAAAUACAUUUAAAACAGAAGAUUCAUUCAUGAUUGGUAAUGGCCUUCUUGUCUAUCCUGUAACGGAAGCUGAUACAAAUCAAGUUUCAAUUUACUUCCCAGGAGAGAAUACGGUUUGGUAUGAUAUACGAACAUUUACUCAACAUAAUGGUUCAGAAACAGCUCUUAUUAAUGUCGACAUGGAAUCCAUUCCUGUUUAUCAACGUGGUGGCGCAAUUAUUCCACAGCGUCUACGAAAACGCCGUGCAGCCAUGCUUGCUAUCCAUGAUCCAAUAACUUUAGUUGUUGCACUCGAUCGAAACAAUGAAGCUGAAGGUGAACUCUAUUUGGAUGAUGGUCAAACCUAUGAUUAUCGUCAAAAGCAUCAGUUCAUUCAUCGUCAUUUUACAUUCAAAAAUAAUGAACUUCAAUCAACGUCUCUUGAUCCAACAGCUAAAUUCGAAACGGAUGCUUGGAUUGAACGGAUAAUUAUUCAUGGCUAUCCAAAAAAUCCCACUCGAGUAAAAAUACAUUCAGGCGACAAACAAGCAGUCCCACUUCAUAGCUAUCAAGACACAACACAAACUCUUAUUAUUCGACGACCAGGUCCAUCUGUAACAGCUGAUUGGACACUCACAAUUGCAUGA